UACCUUUCAUUAUCAUCAAGUUUAACUACUAGACAUUAGACCUACAGCCAGUCUAUUCAGUUUACAAUGAUAGAAACUGUGAAAAGGGUCGAAUCCUUAUAUUUAAGAAGCUGGAACCAGCAAGAGUUCUGGCAUUUCUGCUUAGAAAUCAUCAAGCUAAUAUAUUUUCUGUCAAUCAACUAAUUGAUGUGAUAUUUGCAGCUCUACUAGACACUCAAUGUCUCAUAUUACACUGAAAUGUCCAUUCUCAGUGUAUUGGAAGCUUUCCACAUCACACUUAUGUAAUCUGCAUACUGAACCACGAGUGGCUUCCAAACUAGUUGUAAUGUCACACACUGUUCAAAUGUACAUGUCUUACAUUCUGAUUUAAUGUGAGUUCGGAGAAUCUUUCCCCCUUCAGCAGAUCAGUGUACACAGCCUUCUAGUAUCUGCAUACUGAACCAGGAGUGGCUUCCAAACUAGUUGUAAUGUCACACACUGUUCAAACGUACAUGUCUUAGAUUUUGAUUUAAUGUGAGCUCAGAGAAACAUUACCCUUCAGCAGAUGUACACACAGCCUUCUAGUAUCAAACUCUGCACGAACACCAUUCUGCACAGUUAAGCUCAAAUAUCCAAGUGAAGUAACAAAAAAGCAAAACACAUUUUUGAGUGGAGGUGCACUUAAAGCUAAAUGAUUUAAAACUGGAUUAUCUGAAAAAUGCAUUCACACAAAGAUGAAAACAGAGCUGUUUUUUGGAGAUUCUUGGCUUUCUAAACUCAAACUUGGUUGUAGGCUGUCCGCUUAACGGUGGCAACACAUGUCUCAAAGUGAAACAGUAUCUGUGUGGUUUUAAAGCAGCGUGUUGAUGGACAGUGUGUUCAGUGGGCGCUUGCCCUCUCCUCUGCUCUGCUGUUGCACUGGACGGGGCUGGUCCUCUGCCUGGGACUCUGUGUGGCGAUUGGAGAUUCCAGGCCGGGCCCCGGAGCCUCCCCCCUCUGACACACUUUCAGCGCUGCACCACCAGCAUGACUUUCAUUGCUUUCCAAGGGCGGGUGGUGCACCUUCAGGAAAAAAACAAACAAAUAUGGAGGCCGUAGGAGUGCAAGUGUACCGACCCUGCUCAUUUGACCGUCUCAGCCCGUCGGACCAGCACGGCUCCUCCAAGCCCCCGCUGAGCUCCUCGGCCAUGACAUCACGCAUCCUACUGAGGCAACAGCUGAUGCGGGAGCAGCUUCAGGAGCAGGAGCGGCGAGAGCAGCAGAGACAACAGGCCUCCCAGUACCCACAAACCACGGCGGCUCAGACCCCUGCCAUCAAUGUCAGUGUCUCGGCCAGUUUACCGCCUGCUGCACAGGUGCCAAUGGAGGUGCUCAAGGUCCAGACUCACCUGGAGAACCCAACCAAAUACCACAUCCAGCGCUCACAGCAGCAGCAGGUGAAGCGGUACCUGGGAAAGCUUGGCUCUCAGGUGUUGAGCUUGCCCUGCCCCAACCAGUCCUCUGACCACGGGGGCAUGCCGCCAGGGCCGGGCAACAGCGCCCCCAACAGCCCUAUGGCCUUACUGACGUUGAACGCUAACUGCGAGAAAGAGAUGGAUGAUGUCAUUGAUGACAUUAUUAGUCUGGAGUCCAGUUACAGUGACGAUAUCCUCGGCCUGAUGGACCCAGGACUUCAGAUGGCUAACACGAUCCCUGUGCCGGCUAACCUCAUGGACAUGUAUGGUAAUCAGGGUAUGUCCCAGCAAGGUCUGCCAAUUAGCAACUCCUGCCCUGCCAACCUGCCCAACAUCAAAAGGGAAUACUCUGUUUCACAAUCCCCGGCCAUCAUGCAUAUGCUGGAUAAGUCUGGAUCCUGUGGCAAAUUUGACAACUAUCAAAGGCCUGAAGGGUUCCCCGUGGAAGCUGAGGUAAGAGCAAUGGCAAAGGAAAGACAGAAGAAGGACAACCACAACUUGAUUGAGAGAAGAAGACGGUUUAACAUCAACGAUCGAAUCAAGGAAUUGGGAACUUUAAUUCCAAAAUCUAAUGACCCGGACAUGCGCUGGAACAAAGGCACCAUCCUGAAGGCGUCGGUGGACUACAUCAGGAAGCUACAGCGAGAGCAGCUGCGAGCCAAGGAGCUUGAGAAUCGCCAGAAGAAGCUCGAGCAUGCCAAUCGACAUCUGAUGUUGAGGAUACAGGAAUUAGAAAUGCAGGCACGGGCUCACGGUCUUGCCGUCGGAUCCUCAACACUCUGCACUGCUGAACAUGGGGCCCGGAACAUUAAGCAAGAGACUGCUCUGGAGGACUGUCACCAGGACCUGUACACGCUCCACCCCCAUCACCAACACCACCCCGCCUGCACUCCAGAACAACCCGGCACCCUGGAGCUAAACGAAGCCCAAACUAACUACCAGGAGGGCCACUACAGCGUUCACAGCAAGCCGGGCAAACUCAACGACAUCCUCAUGGAAGACACCUUAUCACCGGUGAGAGGGGGAGACCCUUUGCUCUCGUCCAUCUCCCCAGACGCCUCAAAGGACAGCAGUCGCAAGAGCAGUGUAAGCAUGGAUGAGAAUGAGCAGUGCUGUUAGCACCCCCUACUGGAAGACACCUCGUCUGCAUCUCCAGCCCCUCCAUCCUGCUGCAAGUGUUCCUGUCAGUAGCUAACACACUCCCAGCUGCUGGAGAGGCUUUGUCUUGUUUGUGUUAUUUGUGUCUGUUGUGUUUUUUUUUUUCUCCCCACCCGUGUUUACAUGUACUGAAUCUUUUCCAUUCAUGUUUUUUGUUUUUUUGUUUUUUUGUUAUAUCUAUGUCUUUUCAACCUUGAUUUCAAGGACUGAUUAUAAAGUAUGUUGGCUUUAAUCAAUACUUUGAUGACAAUGAGUUACAAAAAUAGAGGUUUUUAUAUUUAAAAAAAAAAAAUGCAUUUAUCUUUGGAUAGAGGCUAGAUUAUGUUUAUUUCUAUUGAUUCCAAAGAAUCUAGGGAAGUUAUAAAUCAUGGUCAGAAGUGUAGAUAUUUUGUGGUGAGAUGAACACUGCUUUUUAAAUCACUAGCAAUAAUAGAAGAAAUAAAUCUAUUUAUUACUAUAGUGCUUUACACUCCUUGUGUCUUAGAUUAUACUUGAAUGUGUCAAUGCCUUAUUAAGAUGUGUAUACAUCAAUGUUGUAUUGCUAUGCACAUGUUUUGGCUGUUAGCUGAGUCUUUGUCAGUCUUCCAGUUGAAAUUUCUUCCUUGACAAUAUUAAUCAUUUAUAGAUUUGAUCUUAUUUAUGUAUCUAUGUAAACAGGACUUUAUGUACACAUUCCCCAAGAAAGAUUAAUUUAUAACAAGGUAUUUCAAAGAGCCUUUUUGAAACAUCUGAGAUAAUAAUGAAUAAAAGCACGUUAAAAAAUAUGAAGCUAAAAUGUCUCCUUUAAGAGAAUUAAAAUGAACAAAAUCAACAUUGAUAAUGGCUAAUUUUAGUCCUUUAUUCUGUGUCACAAUGAGCAAGAAAGCAACAAAACAAUCCAGUAAAAAGAAAGAAAGGUCAAGUUUCACCAAAUAAAUGCAUCCUUUAACCAUCCAGUGCUGUCUACUCAGCAGGGUGUACGAGAUAUAUUACCACUGUACAUUCCUCUCUGCCAAAACCACUGAAAUACUUAAAUUUAGCAAAGAAUUAAAUAAAAUAUUUUUAAUCUCUAGUCUCAAAACUAGUAGGAUCUUAGCUCAAAUCAAAAUUAAAGACCCUGUUGUAGCCCUGACACACACAAGAAGCUGAUUUCACUUGAUAGAUCUGAUUAUCCAUCCAUUUCCUAAAUUAUUGUUUUUUUACACCACUGCGGUGACAUUUCACAUUCAGUAUGUUUUUUUUUUUCCAUUAUGUGAACAUUUAUAUUGCCAAGGAGUAUAAGGAGACUGCUUUGGGAUUUUGUAUGAAAUGCAUGACAUUGUCAAAACACUGGAAUGACCUCUGUAAAAUGAAACAUGGUUUGUUCGCCUUUUUUAUCUAAGCAUAAACUAACUAUUGUAUUUGGCUUUUCAAAUGCAUACAGAAUAUUGUAUGAGAUUGUAGAUUCUUUAUGGUGUACGGUUGUUGUAUAUUUCAGCAGUUUGUUUUCAGCAGUUGUAGCACAUUGCAUAAAUAUGCCUUUGUUAAAUAACUACCUGCCAUACAUCGAGAGCCCUGUUACAGCACAGCCUCCAUUUUGUUAAACUAUGCAAUGGUUGAAGUUGUGCCUGCAGAGCAGCAUCAUGUCUUGAUAAUGUGAUCUCCUUAUGAAUUAGUCUAAAACAGUAUCAAAGUAAUUGUCUUUUUAAUUGAUUUAAGUGCCUUACAGUCGUUUCUGUUUCCUCAGUGAUGUAACAGGAGUUGUAGACAAUGAUGCAACAUUUUGUUGAUGUUUAUACUGGUGUAUGGUGCUUCAUGGAUUAACUGAUGAGUGCCAAGGUAUUAGAAAGCAGUAGGAAAGGGCCUUUUGUCAGUACAAGAUAACACUUUUAGCCUCUCAGACUCAAGAGCCACUAGAAAGUGUUUAUUAUGGAACCCCAACAUGUUCAGUAUUAAAUAAACAAAGAAGGCAUUAUGAAUUAAACAGAGUAAAAUAUAUAUUCCAAUACAUUUGAAAUAAUAUAAUAAAUUAUGAAAACCCAUCCUUAUUAUUAAAUGUUAUUUCAUCAUUUUUGUUUUCAUAUUAAGUGCUUUUUUAUUUAUUUUAAUUUUUACUUCUGUACAGAUUUUUUUAUUUCAAAGUGCCCUUUUCAAGUCUGUUAAUUUAAUUGGAUAAUGGCAUUUUUCCCAAUGACUAUUUCAUUUCAAAAUUGUCUGAGGCAAUCACCGAGUCCCCACUACAGGUUUAACAACAGAUACAACAUUUAGCCAGCUAGCUUAUCAGCUCCAGUUAGUGAGAGCGAUGCCAAUGCUAGACUAAUACUGACUACCUGCAGCAGCAACCAAACACAGAGUACAGGCACAGAAACUAACCUCUAUUUUUGGAUAGGUUUUUGGAUUAUUACUCAGCAUCUAAGCGAAGAGCCAGUGUUUACAGCAGCAGCUAACUUAUUCAUUCAGAGUUAUCUUGGAAAUGUUUCUAAAGUUAUUCCUCAGAGAAAGACAGUUGAUUAUGUGAAGAGCGAGAACAUAAAUCUGUGUAGUGGUUGUAGCCAACAGGAGCUAGGCAGCUGGCUGGCUGUGUUGAGCCUGCAGAGGAGGAGACAUGUGAAACUCCUCUCUCAUGAAAAAUAACAUUUUGAAAUGACAUUGGGGAAAGUGCAAUGGUAUGAAAAUAAGAAUGAUGAAACAACAUUUCAUUGUAAUGAGUUUAGUUUUAAUCAUUUGUGAUAUGAUUGCGUUAGCAGCGUGACGUGGCUUUACGUCAAUGUCGGUUGCUCCAGACCAAAAUAUCUCAAGAAUGAUUAGAUGGAUUGCCAUUUAAUAUUGUGGAGACAUUAAUUGCCCAGUGGAUCCUUAUUACUUUGGUGAUCCCCUGACCUUUUAUCUAGUGCCACCAGCAGAUUGACAUUUUUUACUUCUAGUGAAAUGUCUUGACAACUAUUGCACAGUGACAUUUGGUUAAGACAUUCAUGUCACCGUCAGGAUACAUUGUAAUUAAUGAUCCCUGAACUUUUCAAUUAGUGGCAUCAUCAGGUCAUAAUUUCAAUUUCUCUGAUACUUUUCCAAAUAUGAUUUAUGACCAAAAACCUGCAAAACUAAUGACAUUCCCAUCAGUCUCUACUGUACUCUCUGUUUGGUGCUAAUCAGCAAAUAUUAAACUCUAGACACCUGCUUAGCAUCAGUUUGUUAACAUUGUGACUGUGAGCAUGUUAGCAUGCUGAUGUUAGCUCAACAGAGGAGCUAGCAUAGCUGUAGACUCUUAGUCUUUAUAUUAUAUUUUGCUUGUUUAUUCAUAUGUUUCACAAUAUCUUAUUUAUUAUUUAAUACUGAACACUUCGGGGUGGGUGUGCAUUUUGUUUUAUCUUUAUUGAUGUUAAAUACCACGAUGAAGGCAGUGUUUCCAAAGUUGUACUGAAUAUUCAGCAUCAUUAUGAGACUAUGAAGGUAGUUUAAAGUGAUGACUGCCAAAAUGUGUUGCCAAAAUAAAAUAUACAAUAAGUUUAUGAAUUGCCAUUUUAACAGCUGAGCUAAUGCACCUCUGUUAGUGGUGUUUUUCAUCCAUAGUUACAAGCAAUAUCUAAAAACAUGAUGGCAACCAGGCCGUAUGUAGACCACCAACGGGUGAAGUAUAUUGUGAAAGUUCAUUCCUGCAACACUGGUUUGACAGAAAGAAAAAUUAAAGUUCUACUUGGUAACAGUUUUUCCAGAGCUUUCAACUGCAUCUCACAGUCCUUCUCAGCAGAUGGAGAUAGCUCAGCUGUCAUUAUGUGACACUGAAGUGGUAUGGAACCUCUCUUGUUAAGACCAUGAGAUGUAGUUAAAAGCCUGGAACAAGCUAGUAAAUGGACUUUGAGUUGAAUUUAGUUUUUUCUUUUGUCAUAGCUGAAUUAUGGCUUCAGUGGAAUGCAGAAUGACUUCAAUCCCAUGUACUGAGCCUUAAAUAGUGCAAUACACACAGGCCUGUAGCAUUGCCCUUAGACUGAACCCAGAUCAGCUUUUUUUUUGAGUGGAAUAGAUAAAUCAUCUAAACCCUGAAAUGUGACUGGUUAGAAUGAACAUUGGUAUCACACGUGGUAGCGGUGGCACUUAAUUUAAAGCCAUCACUAUGACUGAUUUCUCAUAAUGAAUCUUCCAGCUGUUAAUUAUUAUGGCACAUUAUGGGUAAACCACUAAUGAAGAAUCAUCUCUUCUGCUCAUUCCUGUGGUUCACACAGACAAUGUUUUCUGCUGAUGUUGCUACUGUUCUUAUUGUUACAGUUUAUAUAAAAUGAAUGUAGCAAUAGUUACUGUACGCACUGGUUUCAGAUUAGUGAAUUCAAACUCAUUGGUACUCAAUGUGGAAACUAUCUUGUGAGAAAUAUUAAAAGUUUAUUUGAA